AUGUGACCCACUGAAAGAGCCCCAUGAAAACAGCGAGGGAAAGAUACUGAUGUUAUUGAGAGCCAAAAGAAGCGACUGUUUCCGUUCUGGGCGCUUGAAGGAGACGCUAAAAUCACUGAAGUCAUCUAACGGCGCCUCCCAUUUGAGGAACAAAGACGCCCGAGAGCAGUAUGGACAGUUCAGAAAUCAGAGGGCAAAGGCAUGAGUGAAGAUGACCUUAAAAGCAGCCAAAACAUGGUUUUUAAGACUCCUCCCGGUUGUGCUCUUCUUCAUCUGCUACUAUUGCUCCCAGUUCUACUUUGAGAGCUAUGGAGGCAGCAGAAAGUCCCCUCAGCCCACUGUUUCUCUAUGUCACAACUAUCGCUUGCAGAGGAAGUGGGAGAGUCUAAAAUUAAACAUGAGCCGAAAGACUGAGCUCUUUCUAAAGCUGGGGGAUUUCUUCUGGCGGGAACAUCUGUCAGCUGAAGCUCUGCCCUAUGGUAUUAAAGGCAGCGAGCUCCUGCUUCUGAAGGUCUUGGCAAUGCCUUCCAGCUACACAAUGCCAGCAAACAUUGAGAGGCUGAAUGAUGCGCCGGUGAGAGGCUAUGAGGAGGAUGUGGGUAACAAGACCACGUUACGUCUGUUUUAUCCCGAAUCUGCCUCCUAUAACCCGGGUAUCCACAAUGACCCAGACACCCUGCUGGCUCUGGUUCCUUUCAAGCAGCAGGACCUCUGCUGGCUCAAAGAGAUCCUGUAUGAUGAGAAGAGGGUCCGAAAGGGUUUCUGGAAGCCUCCUCCCCAGAUCUGGCUCGGCCGGGCCAGUCAGAUCCGUGUUCUGGACCCAUAUUUCCUUCGCCUGACAGCCAGCAAGCUGCUUCAAAUUCCCCUGCAACCGCACAGACAACAGAAACUAGUCCACCCCACCUCUGGCAUUCUGGCUGUAUUUGUGGCACUGAACUACUGUGACGUUGUGCACGUGGCUGGAUUCGGAUAUCCAGAGUCCAGGAACCAGAAACAGCCCAUCCACUAUUACGGAAAGGAGACAAUGAAAUCCAUGAAGAAUUCCUACCAUGAUCUCAAUCAGGAGGCUCUCGUGCUCAAGAGACUGGAAGACCAGGGAGCUAUUUUAUAUCUUCAUCCUCAUUCCUGACACCCAACAUGAACACAUAUAAAUACAAACACAUAAACGCAUGUAAAUACGGCAUUAUAGACAAUAUCUUCAUCUUUGGACUGAUUUGGACUGAACUGAAAUAUUCAGCUCUCACACUGCAGAGCUGUUAGUAGUUUCUGUAAGGUUUCUGCAUUUCUGUGUGAUUCAAUCAUAUUUAUCUGACCUCGAGUAUUUAUAAUUAAUGAAUAUUUUCUGCUUAUUGUUUUGCUUCCUUUCGGGAACUUAA